AUGAAUGAGUAUAUACAAAAAUACAAAAGAAAGGGCCAAUUUGAAUUAUUAUAAUAGAAAACUUUUGAUUACCUUGAGUCAAUAUUUAAGCAAUUUAUUCAGUAAUACAAAGAGACUAUUGCUGAAUAUAUAACUGAACCAACAAAAUUUGCACAUUAUUUAGUAUAAAUUAAGAUAAUUAAAUUUAGUAAUAAUUAGCUUGUUUAGGAGAAGUGGAAUAUAAUAAUGAAGAUUUAGAACGUUAAAUAAAUUCUAUUAGUUUAUAAUUAUAUAUGCUUUGGUAUGUCUAUAUCGAUGUUAUUUCAAAAAUUUAUGCUAAAUUAAUGAAGAAAUUAAAAAUCAAAUAUAUAACAGAACUUCAAGAUUUAUAUGAAGAAUUUGUAAUAAAGAUUAAUAAUACUACAUAAUUUGAUAAAACAAUGAAAAAUUAUAAUUUAAUUAAUUCUUUAAGAUAAUUAGAUUAAAGAAUUCUACCAAUUCUACCUAUAACAUGUACAGAAAUAUUGGAUAAUCUACCUAUUCUAAUAAAAUAUUCAUAAAAUGAAAUUAAACAUUAUUAAUUAAAUUAAAAAAAGUCAGAUAAUAAACAUUUGAUAGUAUUUGUACAUGGAUAUAAAGGAUCUCCUUUUGAUAUGAGAAGAUGGAGAAAUAUUAUUAAAAUAUAUUAUCCAAAAUGUUUUACAUUAAUAUCAAGUUGUAAUUAAAGAGAAGGUGAAGAUUCAAUUAGAGUAAUGGGACAUAAAUUAAGUAUUGAAAUUUAAGCUUAAAUUUAAUUGAUGGAUGGAAUAGAUGAAUUAUCAUUUAUUUGUCAUUCUUUAGGAGGUGUAGUAGCAAGAUCAGCUCUUUGUAAUUUAAGUAUGCAUUCUAAUAAGAUGAGAUUUUAUGUAAGUCUUGGAUCACCUCAUAUAGGAUUAUUUGUUAAAUAAAAUAGUUUAGUUAAAACUGGUUUAUGGUUCAUGACUAAUUUCUCAUCCAGUUAAAGUAUGGCUGAAUUAUAAUUAUAAGAUGCUUCAUAACCUUAGAAUUCUUAUCUCUAUUAUUUAUCAACAGUAUAAUCUUUAGAGUGGUUUUAAAAAGUGAUAUUGAUUAGUUCAACAUAAGAUGAUUUUGUUCCAUUUGAAGUUGCAAGAUUAGAAAAAUCUAAUAGAGUUCCUUAAGAUAAACAAUAAAUUUACUAAACUAUGCUUGACAACAUUAAAUUACCUGAAUGUACAAGAGUUGAAGUGAAUUUUACAUUUACAGAAAAUGAUAAGAAUUGGGAUAAUCUCAUAGGUCGAACUGCUCAUAUGAAUCUAGUUGAAAAUACAACAAUGAUAAGAAUGAUUGUAACUUAAAGUAGAUUACUAGAUUAAUGA